UUGAUUUGUAAAGACCCAGCCUCUUCUUCUCGACCGAGGCGAGGUUUUUCCACCGCAGUGGUUUCGGCGGCACCAUAAGGCAGAAGAAGAAGAAAGAAGAGGCUUAAAGAAAUUCUCAAAUUCUGUUCUACAUGCGCUCCCAGUUUGGUAAUGAAAAACAACUUCUUCUCUUUUGGGUGUGGUGUAGGAUUUUGGGAUGAGAAUCAGUAAAACAGAGGUGAACUUGAGGAGGCUGCUUGCAGCUGCUCCUCAGCAACAAAACCAGUCAAAACUUGUACAUUAUGUUGCUACUUUACGAGAACAGGUAGAACAACUAGCUGAGGAGAGAACUCCAGAAGGCUUACCAAGAGUUGCAAAGGCUGUUUUGAGUGACUAUUCAGAGAAGAUCGAAGCAAUUGCUUCCAAAUUAGCUGCUCCUCUGCCUGAUAUUCAAGCACCCAAGGAGCCCUUUGCAAGAAUUUCUGUCAAAGCAAACUCUUCUGAUACAGGAGACAAUCAGAUUCCCCCUUCUCCAGGUCUGAGAAGGAGAUUUGGGCCUACCUCAAAUUCCGAAGAUGGAACUCGUGAGAUUCUUAGUGUUGAUUCUUCAGCGCCUGUCAAACUGGAUGCUGCAGCCCAUGCACACAUUGAAAAACAUAGAAAGCUUCAAGAGGAUUUGACCGAUGAAAUGGUUGGAUUGGCAAGGCAACUCAAAGAGAGUAGUCUCAUGAUGAAUCACUCGCUGCAAGACGCUGAAAAAAUACUUGAUUCUACAGAGAAGGCUGUUGAAAGUAGCUUGGCAAGCACUGGCCAUGCCACUACACGGGCGACCAAUAUAUACUCGAAGACGUCCAAAACUACAUGUUUCACAUGGCUUGUAAUGUUUGUAAUGACAUUUGUAUUCAUCAUGGUUGUACUUUUAAUUCGUGUCACUUAAGGUGUUGAGCUUUGAGGCUACUAUAACGAAAUUGGGCUUUUUGGGUCUUAGCCUAGCUUUAUAGCCCAGCCCAGCCCAGUCCAGCCCAGUCCAGUCCAAACUA